AUGGGUGCAGCUGAACCCUCUCCUGAGGGGCCCCCGGGGCCCCCAGCUGGGGCCCCCCAUAGGGAGUCUGCAGCACGUUGCGAUCAUGUGACGAGAUCAGCAACAAAUGCUUCAGCAGCAGCAGCAGCAGCAGAAGCUUGCAACGAAGAAGAAGCGGCAGUGGCAGCGCCAGAAGGAGCUCCAGAAGCAACGGCUGCAGCAGCAGCAGCAGCAGCAGCAGCAGAUGAAUAUGAUUCGGCCUCAGCGGACACGGAGGCGCCGGGUGCUUCAGGCGCGGCGACUGCUGCUGCUGCUGCUGCUGCCGCCACCGCCGAAUGUGCUGCUGCUGCUCCUGCUGCUGCUGCUCCUGCAGACAGCCGGCAGCAGCAGCACCGAGACGCCCCAGGAAUUCACAAUCAGGGAUCUCCUGGCCCGCUGCAAUCUGGGCAGUGCCGCAAGCGCGGCGCAGUAGUAGCAGCAGCAGCAGCAGCAGGCGAAGUAGAAAAGGCUGAAGAAGCAGCAGGAGACAAUUCUCUUGAAGAAGGAGACAAGGAAGCAGCAGCAAGCUGCAGCAAAUGCCGCAGAAACCCCAGGAGGCGCUGCAGGGGCAGCGGGGCCCCUCUAGUAAUGACUGUAGAGUGGACCCGCCAGCAUGUGCUGCAGUGCAAAGUGCUGGCUGAGAAGCUGGCGUGGACCUCCAGCGACUCUGCUGUGCUGCGGGAAAGCCUGGAAGUAAGAAAAGAACCAACUCCAGGAGUUGGAAUGGGGCUUUAUUUGAAGAGGGCAGUGGUGAGCUGCUGCUGCAUGCAUGCGGAGGCGAACUGGGGAGCGGAGCAGCGGCUGCUGCUGCUGCUGCAGCAGCAGCAACAAGAGGAGAAGGAGCAGCAGCAGAAGCGGCAGCAGGCCAAGCGCUGCAGGAUGAAGCUCGAGGCCGCCCCCGGCUCGCAGCAGGACGCGCUGCCCGCCGCCGCCGCAGCAGCAGCUGCUGCUGCUGCUGCAGCCGACUGCGAGGCCCCGGACACCUACCCCGCGACGCCCGCCAGCAGCAGCAGCAGCAACAGCACCACCACCAGCAGCGCCGCAGCAGCAGCAGCAGCAGCAGGAGCGCGGAGAGGCGUGUGCAGCUGCAGCGCGAGAAGCUGCUUCCGAGUUCUCUGCUUUCGAGGAGAUGCAGUUUUAUCUCCUUUCAACUUUUUGGGAUCGGCAAAGUCGGGGGCCCUCAGCGACGAAGAGUGGGGGGCCCUCAUGGCCCCCAAGGAAAACGCUGGGCUGGAGCCGCGGGAACACUUGAGCCCGGCCUUCACUCUGGCCCGGCAAAAUGUGCCCUACAGUCUGCAGCUGCAGGCCCACAGGUACUUGGCCUCGGAGCUGCUCGCCGACGUCUUCGCCAUCUACGCCAACCACUACUGCGCCCGCCACUGCAAAGGCUUUUUCGAACAAGUCGACUCCGAGCUGCCCUGCAUCGUGACGCGGCCAGGGCUGCUGUCUGAGGGCUACUUCGGGGUUUUCUACGGCUACCGAAAUGCCAGCAGCUUCCCCUGCGCCUACCCGGGCUGCGGCCACGUGUGUCAGCCCCAGUGCCGCUGCUACGAGAUAGAGCGGGCCUGGCGCUGCCUGUGGACGCGGCACCAGCGGCGGGCGGCCGACCAGGGGCCCCGGGGGGCCCCCUCUUGA